AAUUUCGAUUUUUUAACUUUACUUAAUUAUUAUUCAACUCUAUUGUCCAAUUUUACCGAUUACUAAAUACCGGCGGCAAUUUUAUAGUCAUUGACGGAAGUUGAAAUACCGGCGGCAAUUUCAUUAUUGAAUUGGAUAGCCAUUGACGGAAGUUGAAGAAGAGCAGAGUCUUAUCAAUCAUCCUAUAAAUUGCUGAUAGGUUUCACCAGAAGAGAAUUGAAGGGGGAAUGGAAACAAGGGAGAUAAAUAAUGUAUACAAACAUUAGCAAAAAGAUAAUUCCAAAUCUGUGCUUGAGAUGAUGAUGCAAGAUUAGGAUUUUUGGUUAUCAAACUUGUCUGGAUUGUAGCUAAAAAGAAGAAGAGGAGGAAAUUCAAUAAUGGCCCAAGUUGAGUUCUUGUUCCACCUUACUUUGUAGGUUUAUUUGCUUGAGUGAAGACCUUUUUGAUAUAAGAGAUGUUAUAGUACAUGAGAACUUCCCUUCGUGUAUGGUAAAUGGUACCAGAAAUUCUUGGUUCACUAUUGCAUCAUUGUUCUAAGACCAAGGCAUUCCAUUAUGGACUCUCUCUUCAUGCAGCUGCAAUCAAGUCAGGCUUACAGGGUGAUGUUCUCAUAUCCAAUCACAUCCUCAACAUGUAUGCCAAGUGUGGAAAUAUUAACUUUGCCUGUCAGAUUUUUAAUGAGAUGUCCAAAAGAAAUCUCGUUACCUGGUCGGCCAUGAUCGCUGGUUAUGAUCAAGAUGGGAAACACCUUAUGGCUAUCAGCCUCUACUCCCAAAUGCCACUAGAGCCCAAUGAAUUUGUCCUUGCUAGUGCUCUUAGCUCAUGUGCUAACCUCUUGGCCUUGAAACUUGGUAGACAAAUACAUUCCCAGUCUAUCAAAUUAGGGUGUUCGUCCAUUUCGUUUGUGUCCAACUCUCUGAUUUCAAUGUACAUGAAAAAUGGUCAAUGUAGUGAUGCUCUAUCAGUUUUUGCAUUGACACCUAGUCUUACUGAUGUCUCUUACAACACAAUCAUAAUGGGUUUGGUAGAAAGUAAUCAAAGAGAGAAAGCAUUUGAAGUCUACAGAAGUAUGUGCCAACAAGGGUUGGUUCCGGACCGCUUUACCUUUGUCGGCUUAUUGGGAACCUGCAAUACUGCACAUGAUUUGGGGAAAGGAAUGCAAUUGCAUAGCCAAACAAUCAAGCUCAAACUUGAUGGGACUGCCUUUAUAGGCAAUAUAAUAAUGACAAUGUACUCAAAUUUGAACUUGCUAAAUGAAGCUGACAAAAUUUUCAGAUCAAUCAAAGAGAAAGAUGUCAUUUCAUGGAAUACUCUUAUUGCUGCUUGUUCUCGUUGUGAUGAUCAUUCUAAGGCCUUGGUUGUUUUUAGAGAGAUGGUGGAAUAUUUUGAUGGAGGGCCUGAUGAGUUUACCUUUGCUAGUCUGCUUUCUGCAUGUGCUGGCAUGGGUUCGCUGCAAUUUGGGCGGCAAAUACAUGCUCAUCUUAUUAGAAAAAGCUCAAGUGUGGAUAUUGGUGUUGUCAAUGCCCUUGUCAACAUGUAUGCUAAAUGUGGCUGUAUCCAGUAUGCUUAUACAACUUUUAGGCUAAUGAAUUUUCGUAACCUUGUCUCAUGGAAUAGUGUCAUUGCUGCAUUUGCUAACCAUGGCCAUGGGAAAAAAGUUACGAAAUUAUUCAAGGAGAUGAUGAGUGAUGGUUUAAAGCCUGAUUCUGUCACAUUUCUUGGACUUUUAAUCGCUUGCAAUCAUGCAGGGCUUGUAGAUGAGGGCCUAUAUUACUUCAAUACUAUGAAUGAGAUUUAUGGGGUUACUCCCGACAUUGAACAUUUCUCUUGCCUCAUUGAUUUACUAGGACGAGCUGGGAGACUGAAAGAUGCUGAAGAACACAUGCAAAGGUACCCCUUUGGGAAUGAUUCAGUUGUUUUAGGUUGCUUACUUUCAGCUUGUCGGCUGCAUGGUGAUGUUGUAAUUGGGGAAAGAAUGGCUAAGAAGCUCCUACAGCUUCAACCAGUUUCUACUUCGCCUUAUGUUUUGUUAUCAAACUUAUAUGCUUCAGACGAGAAGUGGGAUAGUGUAGCAGAGGCAAGAAAAAUGCUGAAGAGUUGUGGUUUAAAGAAGGAGGCUGGUCAUAGUCUUAUUGAAGUGAAGGGAUCUGUUGAGAAGUUCACAAUUGGCAAUUUUGCGAACUCGAGGAUCGAGGAAAUCGUUAAUGUGCUUGGAACUUUAGGCUGUGGAUGGGAUGAAGAAAUUAUUCUCCUUGAUUCAGCAUAGGAAAGGCAGAUCUGAUCCUCCUAGCUUCAGCACUCUUGCGGACAUUAAGCUCGGCACGUACGAAGGGUUUCUGAACUGACAGAUUUUACUGAACUAACAAAGAUACAUAUGUCACCACUCAUGGAAGUACAUUAUCCAUAAGCAUCAGCAGAUCAUUAAAUACGAAACAUAUUGUGUUGUUCAAAGAGAGUCUGCAGCAACAAGCUGCGAAAAGUCGAUCCCCAUACACUAUACUUGGAAGUUACAAAGUGAAGUUGCAGUGGUGCCUCUCUAGCCAUGGGUGUUUGGCUAAGAGAAUCUUCAGUGAUUAUAAGAGUUACAUCAAAGCUGUAAAUUUUUGGUGAAACAUUCUUUAAAUACCAGUCUGCAUUGAUGGGAAAUGAUACAAUACGUUUCCAAGGCUGAUAUCAGCUAAUAUGGAUCCCCUGUUGUUUUUCAUGUUGCACAAAUGUGAAAUAAGAAAAUUCUGUGGUUUCUCUUA